UUUGGACACUGUUUGAACAUGGCGAGCCUGGUGGAUGUCGGUUGGAAACUCCUGGAAUUCAAAGCCCGAUCAAAACGAUCAGAUUUGUGAUUUAGCUGAGAGAGAGGGACGAUUGGCCUUAAUUUCGCCUUUUGAGAAUGGCUGAUUCAGUGGCCGCGCCCCCCCGGCCUCAUCCGGAAGUUCUCCGACUCGGUUCCAUCUAUGAACCUCUUAAGCUGUCCAGUCUCCAUCGUGAGGAUGAGCCCCUAUGGGAGAAGCUGGACCGCUACUACAAUGCUGUCAAGACAACCAUUCUGAACUACCAGAGUCCCACCACAGGCCUUUUCCCUGUCAAAACAUGCUCCGAGUGCAAAGAGGCCAAGGUGCGGGACUCCCUGUAUUGUGCUGCUGGUGCCUGGGCCCUGGCCAUGGCCUACAGACGCAUUGAUGACAACAUGGGGCGAACCCAUGAGUUGGAGCAUUCUGCCAUCAAGUGUAUGAGAGGAAUCCUCUACUGCUACAUGAGACAGGCUGAUAAGGUGGAGCAGUUUAAACAGGAUCCCAGCCCCUCUAAGUGUCUGCACUCAGUGUUCGACGUAGACACCGGUGACGAGGUUCACUCCUACAGCGACUACCACCACCUGCAGAUUGAUGCUGUUUCUCUGUUUCUGCUGUACCUGGUGGAGAUGAUCUGCUCUGGUCUUCAGAUCAUUUACAACACUGAUGAGGUUUCCUUCAUCCAGAACCUGGUGUUCUGUGUGGAGAGGGCCUACAGGGUGCCUGACUACGGCAUGUGGGAACGAGGCAGCAAAUACAACAAUGGCAGCACUGAGCUGCAUUCCAGCUCUGUGGGUCUGGCAAAAGCUGCUCUGGAGGCCAUCAAUGGAUUCAACCUGUUUGGAAACCAGGGCUGUUCGUGGUCAGUGAUAUUUGUGGACCUGGACGCCCACAACAGGAACAGGCAAACCCUCUGCUCCCUGCUGCCCAGAGAGUCUCGCUCCCAUAACACAGAUGCAGCCUUGCUCCCAACCAUCAGCUAUCCUGCCUUUGCGGUGGAUGAUGAUGCUCUGUACAGUCAAACACUGGACAAGAUAGUUCGCAAGCUGCGGGGAAAAUAUGGCUUCAAACGUUUCAUCCGCGAUGGCUACCGCACGACCAACGAAGACAAGGAUCGUCGCUACUACAAACCUGCUGAAAUGAAGCUUUUUGAUGGAAUCGAGUGCGAGUUUCCCAUAUUUUUUAUCUACAUGAUGAUUGACGGAGUGUUCAGAGGAAAUAAAGCUCAGGUCAAAGAAUACCAGGAACUCCUUGAUCCCAUCAUCUUCCAGUCAUAUGAGGGUCAUGCUGUGGUCCCCAAAUACUACUACGUACCGGCCGAUUUUGUGGAGGCGGAGCAGAACAAGCAUGGGAGCCAGAAGCGUUUCCCUAGCAACUCUGGACGUGAUGGGAAGGUCUUCCUGUGGGGCCAGGCCUUGUACAACAUCGCCAAACUGCUGGUGGAUGAAUUGAUCAGCCCUAAAGAUAUUGAUCCCAUCCACCGCUACGUGCCCCGCCAGGACCAGCGUAACGUCAGCAUGCGAUACUCCAAUCAGGGACCCAUAGUGAAUGAUGUUGUGAUUCACGUGGCCCUUAUUGCUGAGAGCCAGAGAUUGCAGGUGUUUCUGAACACCUAUGGCAUUCAGACUCAGACGCCCCAGCAGGUGGAGCCGAUCCAGAUCUGGCCUCAGAAAGAACUGGUCAAGGCAUACCGUUUCCUCGCCAUUAACAAGAAGCUGGGGUUGAGUGGGCGUCCAGAGAGGCCAGUGGGCUGCAUCGGGACCUGCAAGAUUUAUCGUAUCCUGGGCAAGACAGUGGUGUGCUACCCAAUAGUGUUUGAUCUAAGUGACUUUUACUUGUCCCAGGAUGUAAUGCUGCUGAUUGAUGACAUCACGAACGCCCUGCAGUUCAUCAAACAGUGCUGGAAGAUGCAGGGACGUCCUCUCUUCCUGGUUCUCAUCCGUGAGGAUAACAUCAAGGGGAGCCGCUUCAACCCAGUCUUAGACAUGCUGGCAUCUUUCAAGAAAGGCAACAUCGGUGGGGUCAAGGUUCAUGUCGACAGACUUCAGACCCUGAUAUCUGGAGCAGUGGUGGAGCAGUUGGACUUCCUGCGUGUUAAUGAGGCAGAGAUCUCGGAGUUUAAGAGCUUUGAGGAGCUGGAGCUGCCUAAACACUCCAAGGUGAAGCGUCAGAUGAGUACGCCCAACGCCUCAGACCUGGAGCAGCAGCCAGAGAUCAGUGUGGAGGAGUGGCUGGACAAGCCCACCAAUGAGAUCAUCCAGAAGUUCCAUGACUCCAACUGCUUGGCCAGCCAGGCUCAGCUCGCAGGGAUCCUUCUGAGGAGAGAAGGACCAGACUUUCUUACUAAAGAUGAGAACCUGAUGGAUGAACUGGAGAGAAUCUACAGAAGAGCUGGCAGCAGAAAGCUUUGGCUGGCAGUGCGCCACGCUGCUGUCAUUAUGAAGAAGUUUGCCAGCUCUAUAGCUCCUCACAUCACCACUAUUCUGGUGAAUGGGAAACAGGUGACUCUCGGGCUAUUCGGCCAUGAGGAAGAGGUGAUCUCCAACCCGCUGUCGCCGGGGGUGAUCCAGGGCAUCAUCUACAGCAAGUGCUCCCCUCACGGUGGCGAGCGGGAGGCUGUUCUUCAGCAGGAGCUGGUCAUCCAUAUCGGAUGGAUUAUCUCUAACAACCCAGAGCUGUUCAGCGGCAUGCUCAAGAUCAGAGUCGGCUGGAUCGUCCAGGCCAUGAAACAUGAGCUGAAGAUCCGGGCAGGAGACAUGCCCCCCCAGGACAUCUACCAACUCUCCCCCAGCGACAUCAAGCAGCUCCUGCUGGACGUGCUGCAGCCGCAGAACACCGGCAGGUCAUGGCUGAACAGGCGUCAGAUCGAUGGCUCUCUGAACAGGACCCCUUUGGGCUUUUAUGACCGUGUGUGGCAGAUCCUGGAGAGGACCCCCAACGGUAUUCGGGUGGCUGGGACUCACCUCCCGCAGCAGCCCACACUGUCUGACAUGACCAUGUACGAGAUGAACUUCUCCCUGCUGGUGGAGGACAAGCUGAAGAAGAUUGUCCUGCCUGAGUACAGACAAAUCAUAGUGGAGUUGCUGAUGGUGGUGUCCAUCUUGCUGGAAAGAAACCCGGAGCUGGAGUUUAGCGACCAGGUGGAUCUGGACAUUCUGGUGAAGGAAGCCUUCAGUGAUUUCCAGAAGGAUCACAGCAGCUUAGAGGGCAAAGAGAAACAGGAAUGUGAUCCCUCUCCAUCUUUGCCUCUCUUGCCUUUGUCCCAGGAUGGUAUGGAGGCCUUCUACAACACACCUCCUGUGGGAAAGAGAAGCACCUCCAGCUAUCUGACCAAGGCGGUUAUGAUCCAGUUACUGCAGGGGGAUGUCAAGCCCUGCAAGGAUGACCCCUGUUCUGUUAGUUAGAUUUACAAUGUUAGACCCCCUUGUCCCGCCCCUAUUCAGUGUAGUCAUCAAAUGGUCCAGUAAGGACGACUGAGUAGCCAUCCCACAUAUUCAGAAGAGAACCUCUCUCCUACCCACUCCUCCUAAGCUACACAUGUUCUGCUUCAAAAGCAACUGAAGCUCUAAGCAGCGGUUUCAACUGUAGUAGAUGAGCGUGUCCGUAGAUUGUGACAGGUAUUAUUAUAUAUUAUAUAUUACAUCUAGAGGUCAUGCUUCAACAAUUUUUUUGUCAGUUAUAGUGUCACCAGAGUCUUAUUUCUUUUAUCUCUACACAUAUUUGUUUUGUCAGAGUUCCGCAUUCCGUCCGCCUUGCAUAUCAAAUUAAGAUUUAUAUUGAUUAAAUGCCACCUCUUACCCUUUAUGGCAACUCUUGCUCCAAGGGUUUUAGCACUUUGCCCUAAUGGCUAAUAUACUGCACAUCCACCAGUUAUGUAUGAACUUUACUGAAGCUGCUUCCAGACACUGAACUCCUGCUCUGCACGUUUUCCUGAGAUUUUCCUGCCAAUCCCCCAGUAAACUGUUUGGUAAAUGUCAGAGUGAGUCCAUGUCAGAAUACAACAGGAAAUUCACAAUCAAGGGAAACUUUCCCUUUUUCAGUUUCAAGCAAGUUUCUAAUGCGUAACUGAAAUAUUUCAUGAUUUAAAAGAGGAUCCUUACACGUAGAAGAGACUCAUGAAGAUGGUAAUUUGGAAAGACAACGAUAUUCGAGGGCCUUUGACGAUUGGGCCAAUGUGCUGAUGAUGUGCUAUAAAGAAAUCUCCAGCAGAAUUUAUAUGUAAUGUCCUGCCUCCAUCAAGCUUUAUACAGACGAAUGUACUGCCUGAAUGUUCCGGACAUUUUCCUGUUGUUGUCAAAACAUCUGACCCAAACAAACUCCUGCUGCGUUCCUCAUGUUUGAAAAGUAAACUUUUUCAAACGUCCUGACCCAAUUUUCGAGACGUGUCCCGGAGUUCAUGUCUGAAAACGGCUGCACAGAGUUCAGUCUCCCAACUGGGAUGUGUUUUCAAAUUGAGGUUUUAAUACAAAUAGGUGGCUAGCUUUUUCAGAGAGCCAGUAAGCUAACUACUGUUGGCUUACUCUUUCUCCAAUGCUAAAUAUUUUCUUAAAAAAUAUAUCAAAAUUAAGAAUAAGAAUAUUACAUUUUGUCCAAAUGUAAAAAGGGAUUUGACUUAAGCUGUAACAGUACAUUUAUAUGACUGGUAUCAAUCUUCUCUUCUAAUUUUUUGUUAGAAAGUGAAGCAGCAUCUUUCACAGAAUGUGGAGCUGUUUCUUAAAAUGUUUGGUGUUGCUUAGAAAUCUGUUUAAAAUGUUGUGCUCUGGCUAUCAGGUGUACUAUGAACUGUGCUACAUGAACCAGACUCAGAUGUAACCAUUCACCAGCAAUAACAUAGCAAUUCAAUAUGCAAUAUGCUAUUCAAUCAGUAUCAGGUCAUACUGUUUCAUGAGAGAUGUGGUUCUUAAAUUGGCUCCAGGGGCCUUAAACUUGUGAAACUUAUAUGAAACAGAAAGUGGUGAAUUUUGUCAUAUUGUUACAUUUAUUAUGAUUCCUUAAAAAUAAACAUAUGGAUCCUGAUCAAAGUGCAGCUUUAAGAUUCAGUGUGUAAGAGUUAGGUGAAAGGGAUCUAUUGGCAGAAAUUGAAUAUAAAGUAAUUCUAGUGAUAUUUUCACUGUGUUUCAUCUAAUUUGUACUACUUGUUGUUUUCUUUACCCUCGUAUGGGCCCUAUUAUAUUCAAAUACUGUAUGUUAACACACAAUUUUUUUGUGUGUGUUUAUGACAACUGAAGGCUCCCACAGGUUUUCCUUCAUGUUUGCAACGGGAGGGUGAGGUGAGGGGUAUUCAGCUGCAACAUGCAACUUCACCACUAGAUGUCACUAAAUUCUACACACUGAACCUUUAACCUUGUAAACCUCAGUCACAGUAUCAGCAGGUCUUUGGCAUUAGAUAAUUUCAGAACCACAGCAGAGAAUAUCAAAUUUCGAGUUAAACAAUAUAUACUAAAUAUGAAAAUACAGACAUGUCAGCGUUAGGUGUGUGUUGUACUGUGUUGAGAUUCUCUUAGAGGACUAACUCUGUGUGCUCUUACCUCCGUGCAUGCACAGUCUGCUGCAUGACAAUAGGCACUGCAUUAACCAGUGUGAUGGUUUCUCUGAAUGUUAGAGGCUGCAAAAUAGAGUUUCUGAGAGGCCCCUUUCUGCACAAUAGGGCUCUGCAUGACAAUGACUACUGCUCAUCUGAAGUGGCGGGACAGAAAUGCUGUUUUGUUGAAUGUGGGCAACUGAAAAUAAUACUGUCAACCUUAUGUAGAAAUGAUGAAAGGUUCUCUAUUUUUAAAGCGUGCCUUUCUGAAUAUCAUCACUGUGAUGAACCUGCCUAACCUUGUUACUGUGUGUGUGUGUGUGUGUGUGUGUGUGUGUGUGUGUGUGUGUGUGUGUGUGUGUGUGUGUGUGUGUGUGUGUGUGUGUGCUGUUUACCCUUUUCCUUUAAAAGAAGUAUUUUUGAAAAUACCAGAAUAAAGUCAUUAUGGAAACGAUACAAAUGUGUCACUUUACUAUCAGCUGUAGAAGCUGCAUUUGUGAUUGCUAAAUAAGUGCAGCUUGCAACCAGAACAUCCCCUUUUAUUCUACAGUUAUGUGAUUAACAAAUAUGGACGUGUAAUUACUCCACAUAAAGCGAAAAAGCUCUUGUUCCUUGGCAGAGACUGCAGCGUAAAUGGAGCGUGACUGCCACAACCCUGAGGGGCGUGUUUGGCAUUUGUAUCAGAUCCUUCCAGUUACACCCACUUAUGUUGUCUGAACCCCGUAUCAAUCUGCAUCUCGCCCCUAAAGUGUGUGUGUGUGCUGCCUGCAACUCUGACUGACUGUCAGAGAGGUGGGAGGGAGCCAGUGGAGAAGAUAAACAAGCUUUGCCUCAUAGAUGUAUUCUAAUCAACUUGCACGCUGGUGAAAGGAGAUCUUGCCUGUCUUGUUGAAUAAAUCUCUUCUUCACUAAGACAAAUCCAAAA